CUAAUGUGCAAGCAUAAUCUAACUAUCGCCAUUACAGUAAAUUACUUGCAGACAAGAUGAAAAUAUUCGUAACUGGGAGUUAAGUUUUGGCAAUGUUUAAUUAUAUUCCAAGAUGGUGAUGACAGACUAGAAACAAUACGACAGUAUUUGAUCACAACAGUUGCUUGGGUGUCUAGAAAGGCUCAAUUGGAAGAUUUGAAAUUCGCACAUUCUUACACUGGACAAAGGUGUUGUUUUUAUGCAUACGUUUGUGUAGACCUUGAGAACCACUGCGUUGCUUGUCUAUUUGUUUGGUUUCAGUGAUGGAAUCGGCCAUCCCAGUUGAGCAAAUCGGUUCCGAACACCAAAAAAUCCCGGCACUACUAGUUUGUAUCGAUAAAACUGUGUGUACAAUUAAAUACACAACAAGUGCAAAUCCGAUAAAAGUUGGUCUUUCUGAUCUGCAGUUAGCACCUAAUGGGUUUUCCAUUGGUGAGGAACUAAAUACUCAACUUAGCUCAGUGAAAAAUGGCGAAGUCGCGUCACAUUAUUCGACUCAUUCUUUUUCACCUCGAGAUCCUGUCGAAGUUUGGUUGGAUUCUGGCUCUACAGGAAAGAAAAAGGACGUGUCAGAUGCGGAGGCUAGCGACUCCUUGGAAGUAGCGCAGAAUGGUCCUCCUGGAGCUUGGUGGCCCGGUCGUGUUUUGAAUAUUCAAGGUGACUUUGCUCAUGUCGAGGUUGCAGCACCAUUGCAAGAGUUUACUGGGGUAGAGGACAAACCUACUGCACAUGCUAUGCCUCACUUAAUUGGACUUGGUGCUUCUGUUUUACCUUACCGUUCUACGCUUGUUAGGGUUUCAGAAAUCCGAGUCCCUUGGAAUGGUAGAAUUUCAACCGUUCGUCCGGAGGAUCGGUCUCAAGCAAAUACCUUGACAGCAAGCUUCAUGAAGGAAAGUUCAGUCGAACCAGCUAAUUUGCAAGUACCUGGUAUACUUCAUCGUCAUAGUAUUUGCAUCCCAGCCUAUUUAUCUCGAAUAGCAACCAGUCCAGAAUCGCACUCAACUUUGGCCAAAUUUUGCGGCGCCCCAUGUCUCAUUCAGUGUGACUCUGAACCAUUUCUACCCGGUACAUUUGCGAAACUUAUAUUAGGUGACAAAGAAAACUCUAGUGAUUCUGGUCAACAUGCUCCAGCUCACGCUGAUUCAGGAUCAGUGAGCCCAUCUUUAUGUCUAUCUACAUACACAUGGCCCUCACCGUCUUUAAUAUCACAGUCAGCAAUCAUGAAUCUUCCACAUAUCGCUGGUGUAUUAAGUCCGGCUGGUAUAACCGACCCAAAUAUAUUGUUGACAGGUCUGCCUGGGACUAAUGGACCACUUGUACUACUGCAUAUUUGGUCUGGUUCUACUGAAGCUAUUCGGCGCGCAACUUUCUUGGAAUUAGGUCAUGUUCGUUUGCUGGCUGUCAGAUAUCAUUUGCUUCGUAAUCUAUCCAAAGGCGAAACUGGAGAAUUAGAGCUAUCUACUAAUGCUGACUUUGAUGAGGAAGAUGGUGACGCACCUGCGAUGCAUUGCAAGCCUAUAAGCAUUCCAGCAGCUGCUUCAAACGACAAACAAGCACCCGGUGGGAUGAUAAUUGGUUACGAAUGCCGUUUCCGAAUUUUGCCACAUCUGAUUGGUCUUGCUAUUGGACACCGUGGUGCAACUAUUCAGGAAGCUCGUGGAAUACCAGGUGUUCGUGUAGUCAAUCUUCUUUAUGAUGGAAUAGUGCAUGUUGAAGCUGAAUUGUCUAAGGAAUACUCAUCAUUGGUUUGGAGUACAACUAUGUCAGAAGCUGAUCGUCUCAUGGCUUUAAAUGACUCAGAUUUUAUCCAAGCGUUGAAUGACUGUUUGGCAAAACCUAGUCAACAAACAUCUCAACUUGCAACUGUUUUCAGUAAGAUAGGCCAGUGUUUUGGUGGCAUUGUCGAUUAUCUCGGCAAUCAAAGUAAAUCUGUUGACUACGAAAGCUAUGAAACUACUGUCCUAUCAGCUCCACAUGUGGACUCAAUUCAACCUAAUACUAAAAGGGCCUGUUACCCUUUAGGUUUUCAGCAUGCUACAGUUUAUUCAGCUCCGCGCCUAGCACUGGUAGGUGAUUCAGCUCAUCGAAUACUUCCACUGGCUGGUCAAGGAGUCAAUCUUGGAUUCGGGGACGUUGUUUCACUUGUGGCUCACUUAGAAGAAGCUAUUCGGCAUGGAGCUGAUAUUGGUAGUGCAGCGUAUCUCAAAGAUUAUACAAAUGAACGACAAAGAAUUGUGUCCGCUGUAUUGUCAUGUGAACAAAAUAAAACAUCUAAUUGUCAGGAUUCCACAGUCUCAUGUCUGGUGAAAAAUAUUUUUUCAGAUAUUCGAGGAGCCGGAAUGAGCACUGUUCAGUCUAGUGAACUGUUAAAGAAAAUUUUGAUGGAAGUAGCUGUCACUGGAAAAGUUCAAGUUCCGUCAUCUGAAUUCCCGCUUAGCUUGUAG